AUGUCUUCAAAAAGAAUGAAAUUUGGUGGGGCCGAAUACGAACAAUUUUCAAAAUUGGAACAAUUGAAACGAAAAAUGCCAAAAAUACAAAAUUUUUUUGCGGCAUCAAUGGUAAGUACUUUACAAAUAGUUUAUUAUUAAUUAGUUAUACAAUUAAGCUCUAAAAUAUAUUAGCUAUUAUUUAUUUUAUUGUUAUUUUAUAAAGUGCAGUUAUUACUUAAGUUGAUUUUUUACAUACAAUAUGUUUUGAGCAUUUAAUUUCCGAGUAUAUACUAAUUAAUUUAUUUAAUAAGUUAAUCAUUUUGUUUUAGUUAAUUAUUAAUGAUCAAUCACAUUGUUAUUCUGACAAAACGCCUGAUGAAAAUGAAUCAAAAAAAAAAACGGUAAAAUAUGUAUUUAUUACUCAAUAUAUAUAUAUAUAUAUUUCUAUAUGUAUACUUAUGUACCUAGUUAAUAAGUCGAUAAUUUUAGUUUAGUUAAUUAUUGACGACCAAUCAAAUUUUAAGUAUUCCAAAACGCCUGAUGAAAAUGAACCAGAAAAAAAUAAUGAAGUAUGUAUUUGUUACUUAAUAUUUAAUAUAAAUAUAUUUCUGUAUUAAUAUUCGUGUAUCUAUUCAAUUUAGUUGGUUAUGGAUGGCCAUCUUGAAUUAAUAUCUGAUCCAGCUUUAUGA